CACCCACUCUUCUCGAUCCUCUCAAUCUCUCUCCUCUCCCUCUCCUCAUUUCCGCCAUUAAAGCUUCAACCUUUCCUCACUCUAAUUCCCACUCAAAUCUCUCAUUUCCGCCAUUAAAGCUCUGGCCUUUCUUCACUCUCAAGAACCAGAGCAUGGAUCUAACCACACCCAUUUUCUUCAUCUUCACAUUACUCACAUUCUCUUCACUCUCAGAAGCAGGAUCAAUCGGAGUAAACUAUGGAAGAAUCGCCAACAAUCUACCAUCCGCCAUUAAAGCUGUUCAACUACUAAAAUCUAAAGGUAUCAACAAGAUCCGAAUCUACGAUACCGAUUCAUCAGUUCUCAAAGCAUUUUCCGGAUCCAACAUUAAACUCACAGUUAAUCUCCCAAACGAACUCCUCUUCGCCGCCGCAAGACGCCGCUCAUUCGCAUACUCAUGGGUACAAAAAAACAUAGCAGCUUAUCAUCCAUCAACACAAAUCGAAGCCAUUGCAGUUGGAAAUGAAGUUUUUGUAGAUUCAAAUAACACAACUUUAUUUCUCAUACCCGCCAUGAAAAACAUUCAAGCUGCUCUUUUGAAAUACAAUCUAGCCUCCGAUAUUAAAAUCUCAUCUCCCAUUGCAUUAAGUGCACUUUCAACUUCAUACCCUUCUUCCGCAGGUUCUUUCCGACAUGAUUUAAUCGAAUCCGCCGUCAAACCCAUGCUCCAAUUUCUCAAGGAAACUGAAUCAUUCCUCAUGGUUAAUGCCUACCCUUUUUUCGCUUUCGAAUCCAAUUCCGAUGUCAUCUCUCUCGAUUACGCCUUGUUUAGAGAAAACCCAGGAAUAGUUGACGCCGGCAAUGGUUUGAAAUAUCUUAGUUUAUUAGAUGCCCAAAUCGACGCCGUUUACGCCGCAUUGUCUCAAUUGAAGUACGAUGAUAUCCCGAUUGUCGUGUCGGAAACCGGCUGGCCGUCGAAGGGUGACAGCAACGAAAUCGGCGCAAGUCUGGAAAACGCAGCAGCAUACAACGGUAACCUUAUCCGUCGAGUUCUUACCGGCGGUGGGACACCAUUAAGACCCAAAUCAGAUCUGACUGUUUAUCUAUUUGCUUUAUUUAACGAGAACAAGAAAUUUGGUCCGACGUCGGAGAGAAACUACGGUUUGUUUUACCCCGACGAGAAAACAGUGUACGAUAUUCCGUUUACGGUUGAAGGGUUGAAGAAUUACCACGACCGGCCGUCGCCGGAGACUUCGCCGGAGAAGGGUGGUUCUCGGAUAUCGACGCCGGGACAGGGAGGGGGGACAAUAUCAGCGACGGUUUCUGGACAGAGUUGGUGUGUAGCUAAUGUGGAAGUGGGGAAAGAUCGUCUACAAGCGGGUCUAGAUUAUGCUUGUGGUGAAGGUGGUGCUGAAUGCCAUUCGAUUCAACCAGGAUCGCGUUGUUUUGAUCCUAAUACGUUGGAAGCUCAUGCAUCGUAUGCGUUCAAUAGUUAUUAUCAAAAGAAGGGCCGUUCGAUUGGAACUUGCUUUUUUGGUGGGGCCGCAACUAUUACAUCACAACAACCAAAGUUUGGGAAGUGUGAGUUUCCAACUGGGUACUAAUGGGAUGAUGAGAUAAUUUAGUAAUUAAAUGUAUAUGAAUGAUGAUCUAAUUAAUUAAUUAAUGUUGUUUAAUGUUUGUUUUGUUGUUGUAAGGUUUUUUUGGUCUAUCAUAAUCUAUUUGUUAUUUUUUAGUAUUAGUGAAUGGUUUAGGGACAAAUAUUAUUAGUACCCUUUUGUAUAAUUAAUUAAUUUAAGUAUUUUAUUUUUAAUUUGGUCAUUUAUAUAUGAUUUUAUUCACUUUUUAGGU